GCCAGCUUUUGAUUCGCUGACAGAGCGGAAAUUGUAUUCCGGAAGCGCCCUGUGUUUUCAGAGGGCAGGUCAAAUGGAGUCUGCCAAGGAGGUGCAGGGUAGCAACAUGGAAGAAGUUACAGAAGCAUUGGGUAGCACCCUGGGUGUCUCUGAACAGUACGGAAGGUCUGAUGGGGGGCGAGACCGCCCCCCGUGUGUCGCCUCUCGCGAGACAGAGCUGGAGGAGAACUUCUAUGACUGUCGAGAGACUCUAGAGGACGCUGAGGAAAAACCAGCAAGCAACAGUUUGGGCAGGCUUAGGACAGAGCAGGAGGAGGAGGGAGAUGCUAAUCACCCAGACAGGAAAUGGGAGAAGGGAGGACAGGAUGUACACGGAGAAGAGGAACCUGUGCUAUUGGACAGGCCGGAUCUGAGCGAGGAAGGGAGGGACAGAGGGAUCCAGCCGGAGCAGGAUAGCUGGGUGGAGUGCAGUGAGGACGACCAGGCGGCUCAUUCACCUCAGGAUGGAGUGGAAGAGUCUGAGUUCGGGGUGAAGGAAGAGGUGGUACCGGAAUUUGAUGAAGAGUACCUGAGCGAGUUGGAGAAAGACCUGAGCCAAGAAGAAAAAGAGGUGCCAUUGUCUUUGUUCUUAACAGGCAACUUGAGCCGGAGGGAGGAAAGUCUGAAACUGAAGGAGACGGGAAACGCACAGUUCAAGAGAGGGGAGCACUCUGAAGCAGAGGAGUCCUACACGGCCGCCCUGAGGGCAUGCCCUGUGUGUUAUGGCAAGGAGAGGGCCAUCCUGUUCUCGAACCGUGCAGCGGCACGCCUGCAUCUGGAUAAAAAUGAAGGCGCAAUAGCCGACUGCUCCAAAGCCAUGGAGCUGAACCCUGACUACAUCAGAGCCAUCCUGAGGAGGGCAGAGUUGUAUGAGAAGACAGACAAGCUGGAUGAGGCCUUGGAGGACUACAAGCUGGUGCUGGAGAAGGACCCCAGCGUGAAGCAGGCCAGGGAGGCCACCCUGCGCCUGCCGCAGCAGAUCCACGAGAGGAAUGAAAGGCUGAAGGAGGAGAUGAUGGGGAAACUGAAGGACCUGGGCAACAUGUUCCUGCGCCCCUUCGGCCUGUCAACUUCCAACUUCCAGGUCAACCAGGACCCCGCCAGUGGAUCCUACUCGAUUAACUUUGUGCAGAACCCGAAUAACAACAACCGGUAACCCCAGGCAUCGACCCUGCCACAGCUUCGGCACCCUCCGGUUCGGCAUUGGUGGGGUCGCGGCGAGCAGCAGGUCCCCGUUGCAGUGAUGGCGGGAGGCUGCGCGGCCUGCUAGCCUGCACUGUAUUGCAGUUCUUGUUCAGUUGAUUUCUGGAUCACAAGUCCCUGCACUGCCUUUUAAAAUGGGCACCACAUGAAAGGUAACUAACCGUGAAUGCAGGUGGACGGCCGCCCUGUGUCCACGUGUUGCAUUUGUGUAAAUAAACUGUAAUAUAAAAAACAAAA